AUGAGUCGUGCUCCUGGGUUCUUCGAGAAGCACUUCUUCCUUAGAAAUUCUUUGGGUUUUUAUACGAAUUUGAGCACUACGGCAAAGUACAACCGCCAUGUUGACAGGACGCAUUUGGCAGCAGCAUUGCAGCUUAUGAUAAGUGAAAACCCCUGGUUUUGCACCAAUUUCUUCAAGGUCAACAAUACUGGCGAUGUGUAUAAGGACUACGAAUUACGGCCAGUCGACGAGAUUAAGUUCGAUUCUAUUGUGGGAUUUUCAAAAAUUAAAAAGUUUGAUGCUGACACCAUCGAGUAUACUAAUAGUCUUCGAGUACCGAUUGGAAAGAAAGAUGCUCCGUUGUGGCGUCUAAUCGUGCUAGAAACGGACACUGAACAGUACUUUACAUUCUAUGCUUGCCACUCGAACUUUGAUGGUGGGAGCACCGCUCAAUUUCACAAGGAUCUCUUGAGUUAUUUGGGUCGAACGGACUCUGCCAACUUCGAGGACAUUCUUUACAGAAACCACGGAGACACGCCAAUUCUUCCUCCUGUUGAAGACCUCGACUUGUUUCGACCUCUGUUGCUUCAGAAGAUUUGGCUAUAUCUAGAAGUAAAAGCGCCAAAGCUUUUCAUUUGGCUCAAGUGGAUAGCUAGUGGGUUUCCUGAAACUUUCGAAAUUUUCCAGGCAAGCCCCAUCAGUGACAAAAUCGAAAAUAAAUUUAGAGUGAUUAACGUUCCAAGCGCUGACUUGAACAAGCUAGUGAGUCAUUGUCGUUCUCAAUCACAUACGCUCACACCAUAUUUGACUGCAAUAGUGAAAACCUCUUUGGAAAAAUACGUAUAUCCACAAUACUACUCGGACCCGUCCACAGUCGGAACAAGACUUCUAAUGGCGAUGGAAGGUAGAAGGUACUCACCUGAACUAUCCAACCCCUUCAGGUAUGGGCCUGUUGUAUGUGCCCAGGUGUGGGACAUGGCCCCGGGGAAAAGCAUAAAAGACAAUCUGCGCUUAGUCCAUGAAAAUACUCAAAAAAGUUUGAAAUCUCAAUAUGACUUCAAGCAUACAUGGACAUUUAAGUUGAUUGAUACAGAAAAAACACUCUCAAAAUCGAUAGGUACGAAGAUGCGGAUUACUUUACUCAUGACGAAUAUUGGGAUGAUAAAGGAGGUUCCCGAUCAGGAUUGGCAAAUCAUUGAUGCUUGGUUUGCACUGAACAAUACCUUUUUUUACCACUUCACAUUGCAUGCUAUUUCCACACCUCAAGGUGGGCUCAACAUUUGCCUCGGAUAUUUACCGGAAUAUGACGAACUUGAGACAAUCGACAACGAGAAAUCCGUAAGUGUAAUGGAUGCAGUGGAGAGAGACAUGAAGGCAAUGAUAUCUAAAUCUAUUUCUGAAUAG